GAGGACACACUAAUUAUUGUGAUAUGGGCUCGCAGUGAAAAGCAACGUCCUGCCCUUCUUCAUCUUUCAUAGUGGGAGUCAUGAACCGCUGCAAGGUGACGCGUCCUCUGAUUUGAAGCGAAACUUCAACGCAGACAUGCCGAUGUUAUUAAUCACCAUCUGAGCCUCCGUCAAACGGAACCGGAUCAUUUUCCUUAUCAAACAACACGAUCGGGACCAUCUUGCGCAGUGAGACGGGAGCGGAGCGACAGUGGCGGCCACUCCAGGGAAUGACUGGCCGUCAGUCCACAACACACUGGCCUCUUCUGACUCCAGACAGCCGCCGAAAGGGGUGUUUGUGUGGUCAGUGAAGCAUCCUGGAGAGCAACAUGACUGAACACCUGGGCGAUUUGAGUGUUGCCUGAAAGUGAUGCGAGCUCCGUCACAGCUCUCCAUACCAGACCUCUAGUCACCAGCCGUUCAAAUGCACACUGAAAAUAAAGCGGCCAAUCAUGGCAAGCAGGUCAGCAGCGACUGCCGAUCCGGUGGGAACCCGCAGGCUCCGCAGCAAGGCGCCGCGACGCACCUGGGUUCAAAGGGUCCUGGGAGCCAUGGCGUCAAAACCAGCCUCAGCAGUCCAGGAAUGAAGGCCGCCGGCCAGUCAGUGAGCAGCGUCGGAGGGAUGCCGAGGACCAAAUCCAAGCGGAGCGUCCCCGUCGACUCUGGAGAACCCAGAAACGCCGCUCCUCCGGCUCUGGAGGCGGACACCAAAGGCGAGGGUGUGAUGCGCAGUAAACGGCGCUGUGUUCUGACAAAGAAGCAGCCUUACAGUGGAGAUGAAUGGUGUUCUGGACCGGAUACGGACGAUGAAGACAAGCUGCACGCUGGUCCUCAGCGCUCCAUCCAGGGGCUCUCUGAUCGCUUGCCUGCCGGAAACAAGUCCGAACCCGGGGGAGCCGCGAUGGGACCAGGGCUUAAAGCAGAGCAACCUCAGCCUCCACAGCAGCUGGUUUAUGUUUUCACCACCAGCCUGGCCAACAGUGCUGCAGAGGCUGUGGUGAAAGGACAAACUGACUCAAUCCUUCAGUUUCACCAGCAAAAUAUUUCACAGUCCAAGUUGGAGCAGGGUUACCCACCAGGAAAGCUUUCUAACCUGCCUGAGAAGGUAAACUCCACCAACUCUCCUCUCACAGGAACCCCAAAAUCCCAAAGUGGAACUCCUCGGCCAGCUUCCGCAGGAGUCGGAGGUCCGAUGCCUCCGAUGGGAACGCCAUCGUCAGUCGGACACUCUGAUAAUGAAUCUUCUCAGUCUAGACCUGCUGGAACCAACAGCAGGUCAGAGGGAGGGAGCAAAACCUCUUCUGGAGGUGUAGACCCUGGGAAUGGAGACGGUGUAGGAGGUAUGGCACUUCCUGGUUCUGCUGUGUCCCCAUCAGGAAGUCCCAGCAUCCUAUCUGCACAUCUGCAGAGUGACGCACUCCAAAGGAGUGGUUUGGUGAACAUAGACUGCCUUUCCAAAGAGCAGCUUGAACAUAGGGAGCGCUCUUUACAGACUCUGAGAGACAUAGAGAGGUUGUUUCUUCGCAGUGGAACACCUGGAGGUCCUGGAGAUCCAGGAGCAGGAGUUGACAACAAUGGUCCUAAUAAUUCAACCAACUUAAAUAACAGUUCUGAGAGGAGUGGUGUUGAUGAUGCUGAGAAUGGUACCAAUAACUCUGGAAACUGUAGCAGUGGUAACAUGUUGACCUCAGUGGUACCAUCAGCUCCAGUGGGAGGCAUGAAAAAAUAUGAGGAGCCCCUCGCGUCCAUGAUAUCUCAAACGCAGUCCCUCGGUGGACCUGCUCUUGACAGCCCCCAAAUGGAUUCUCACCAUAACCUACCACAGCACCCUCACCACCAGAUGUCUCCCCCUGGAGACAAUAUGGGUCAGUUACUUGGACCAGAAGGGCUCUCAAGAGAACAAAUGGCUUGGAGGAAACUUCAAGAAGAAUACUAUCUAGAAAAAAGGCGACAGCAGGAAAUCCAGCCGCCUGGACACCCCCAGCACUUUAGAAUGAUCCCUGAAGUGGGAAUGCAUGGAGGUUCUAUGAUAAUACGAGGACCUCCUCCUCCCUACCACAGCAAGCCUGGAGAUCAGCAGUGGGGUCCUGCCAAUAUGAUGAGAGGUGGAAUGGGUGGAAAUGGAAGAAUGUUGGACCUACACCAAGAGGGACCACGUGGCCCGAGGUUUCUAGGGCCGAUCCAAAGAGGGAAACCGGGGGGAGGAGGCUUUCUUGGCAGUCCAGGAGGAGGUCUUCCAAUGGAGGCUCUAGGACCUCAGAGACCUGCUCGUCCAGGUAUGAUGUGGCUGGAUGACGUGCCCAACAACAUCAGCGGUGGAGGUGCCUUUCAUGGCUGUUACCCCGGUGGGCCUUCACCACACUUUCAAGGGGAGGCUGAUUUAUUAACACGUGAGGAAAUGUUUAGGCUCAUGGAGAAACGGCACGUUCAAGGUGUUUCAAGGUUUGAACUGGAGAGAUUAGCUAAACAGCAGCAGCAGCAAGGAAAUAUGGGUUCAAGAAUUAUGGAAAGUCUUGUGGGCCUAGAUUUUCCUAAUAUGGGAAUGGGUCGAGGUCCAUCCCCAUCCUCUGGGCGAGGGGAGCCUAUGGAUUUUCCUGGUUCACGAGAAAUGAUGGGUUCUCCUGGAGCUUGUCCUCAAAUGAGAGACUUGGUGGAUUCACCUUUAGGAGGCAACAUCCCAAUGAGCAUGAACCCACCACUGAGUAUUCAGCAGCAGCAGCAGAUGAUGCUACAACAGAGGCUCAGAGGAAGUCAUGGAGCCAGAGGACCUUUAGGUGAGAUGUUUGGGACAGGAGAUAUUUCACGAAUCAGUGGUUCACAAAAUGGAAGAGGAGGAAAUAAGAGAAUGAUCCCAGGACCUGAUGGCCCCUUUCAGUUUCCUGGUCAGAGUCCCUUCUCUGAUGGACCAGUAGAUGGACCCUAUCUUCAACAAUCGGGCCCAGAGAUGUUUGGACCUGACCAGCCAGGUCCAAAUCAAAUCGGGGCCACGUCCCGGCUGAGCCAUAUCCAUCUGGCUGAAGAGCUUAGAGGCGCAGACCUUGGUCCUAGGCACCCCUCAGACAUGUCAGCCAGUGUUAACCCCCUAAAUUCUCCAUCAGUGCCUCCUCAUCAUCAACUUAAGUCGCCAUCCCUCAGUCAAGAGCCAUCUCCUCUUAUGCCUUCACCCUCUGCUCAUGGACUAAAGUCGCCAAUUCCUUCUGCUGGGCAUCACCCCACCUUUCCCCCUGCUUCUGGUGCAGGAACUCCUUGCUCUACUUCUUUGAAGUCUCCUCAAUUAAUGGUAUCAUCCAACCUUGGAUUGCACUCUCCAUCCGCUUCUCCCAGACAUCUCAAAUCUCCAGCCAUGACUGUGUGCUCUCCUGGAUGGACAUCACCUAAAACAGCUCUUCCAAGUCCAGGAGGCCCAACCAAUGGGAAGGUAGUUGGCAAUGGAGGAAAUGGCACCACUGAAACAGGCCAAUCACAUCCCUCAAGGAGUUCCAACUCGACCCCCAUUAGCCAGCCAGGUUCCAUGAAUCCCAGUAUGCCGUUUACUUCCUCUCCUGAUGCCCCGCCAUCCCAGAAUCCUUUAUCUCUCAUCAUGUCGCAGAUGUCCAAGUAUGCGGUUCCCAGUUCUACUCCUCUCUACCACGACGCAAUCAAAACGAUUACCACUUCAGAUGACGAGAUGAUGCCAGAUCGACCUCUUCUGUCAGGUGUCAGUAUUGGAGGCAAUAUGGGAAACACCCAAACAUCACAGAUGCUUGUCUCCCAAGGCUCCAUUGGUCCCCCAAAUGAUCCACAAAGCCCCAUGGGUAUUGUCAGCCAAGGUCCACAGCACCUGUCCCAUGAUGCCUCAGGGCCAGUGCUUUCUUCUCCAAACCAAAUGGGCAUGCCUACCAUGAACUCUGUUGUUAUGGGAGGAGGAGUACCUGAUGGGAUGGGGCCCAGUAAUGUGUCACCAUUAUCUCAAAACCAAAUGCCAGGUUUCCCCCGUAUGCAGCCAGCGUCACUCGGGCCUAUGCACUCACCCAUUGGAGGAAUGCCACAGAGUUUCUCUCAGUCUGGCGACGACAUCCUGACUCAUCAGCAGCUACAAAUGCUGAGCAAAGGCCACCACCACCACCAACGCACUGCUCACCCAUCAGACUCGUUCGCGCCUCUUCCCAUGGGCGAUGGUCCAGAUUUAAGUGAAGUCAUACGGCCCACUCACACAGGGAUCCCGGAAUUUGAUCUGUCCCGUAUCAUUCCCGCUGAUAAGCCCAGUAGCACCCUUCAGUACUUCCCAAAGAGUGAAGCUCAUCAGAAUCCACAUCAAGGGCCUCCGUCACAGCAACAUACCCCACAGCAACUCCUCAAACAGCUGUCUUCUUCUGGUCCCCAACAUGGCGGCGGUCCUUCGUGCAACCCUCAUUUAGCUAGCCUGCAGAGUAUGGCUGAGCAGCAGCUGCCACCUCAUCAUUCACAUGGAGGAAUUCGCCAAAAUAUAGGCCUUCCUCAGGGGGGGGUGAGGGGUUUGGUUUCUGCUGGGGGCAUGGGCCCCAUGUGUCCCCCUGGACAUAUGAUGGGAAGGACAGGCCUGAUGUCCCAACAACAGCAGCAAGCCAUGAUGGCCAACAGCCUUCUCCACCAUCCCUCUAAUCCGUACUCGGGCAUGAUGCCCUCCCAGCAGCACAUAACGCAGCAAAACAUUCUGAUGAUGCAGGCUAAGCAGAGGAGCAUGUCGAUUCCAGGGGAACCUUUCGGACACCAGGGUCCCAUGAUGGCCCCUCCUCACCCUCAGUCUGGUAUGAUGGGCCAGCAGUCUCUCAGACAGCGGGGAAUGUCUCUGGACAGUCCUAUUGGCUGCAGCUCUGGAGGCAUGGCCAACAUGCCUUUCUGAUCCAGCUCAACUGUUAAAAAUGUACGUCUCAUUGUCUUUUUUUUAAUUAUUGCUGUAGUUGUUUAAGAAAAAAAUAUGAAAAAUCUGUAAUAAUCAUGCUUUGGGUUACAGCUAAUUAUAAUUUUGAAAUUUUAAAAAACACUGUACAACUUCAGUAAGUUUGAAGCCAUUUUCUAAAAUACUGUAAAUUGUGUAAAUUAAAAAAAACAAAUCUGUAUUUGUUGUGGGAACAGAGCGGCCAUUAGGAGAGGAGUGCCUCAAAUUUGUAUUUGUUUAAAUAUCAUUGAUUUAUUUUCUCCAGCUACCAAACUGUUGUGCAAAUAAAUUAUAUAAAUAUAUAAUAUAUACCUGCUGUAUAUAAGAUGCGAAUUGUGAUUGUUUGCAGUUGUUCUGUAUAACUGUGUUUUAAUAGGAGUCUAAAAAUAGAAUAAUAAUCUCUGAAAUUGUUUGAUUAUUGUGUCGUUGAUCACUUUAUAAGACAGUGGGAAAAGGUUUUCUGUAUAAAACCACAAGUCUUUAUUAAAUUCGGUUUGACAUGUAUACAGUACAAACAAAUACAUUUUGACAAACACUGUCGGCAAGGUACAUGAAAAUUCAUCAAAUCCAAUUUCUCUUUAAGAAACGCAAUUGUGUGUAUAUAUGUAUCCAUACAAAUAAAACUUUUCCAAACGAAAAUGCAUCAAAAUAAAACUGAGCCAAUGGGAAUGUUGGAAAAUACCUGGUUAGUGAACAAAAAUAACAAUAAAAAAGUAUAUAUA